UUGCGUCUGCAAAUGGUUCGUUGUUGCGGUGGUACCAUUGCUGCUAUUUUAUGCGCUCUUACCGUGUCUGCUUUUUUGCUUUCCGGCAUUUAUGCAGCAUAUCUUCUUCCUUAAUUUUGUUCUGCAAAACUCAUAUUUCACUUGUCCCAUCAUUUUUGUGCGAAAUACCGACUUUUUUGAGAAAUCCGUCCAAUUCUGGUUGAUUUCAGUGAAGGUACCGUUUCGAGACUACAAUAACCCAAAUUCAUUUGGUGUUCAUUCAUUAGGUCGUAAUUUCUAUGUGGAGAGUCGAGAUGGUAUUCAUUUGGGAUGCUGGCACAUUCUACCUGCAUCGCUAUCCGAGAAGUUAUCAGACCAUAAGCAGCCGUUAUCUGCCGAGCAAUUCGAGCAAACACUAUCGGCGCAUACCUACCCAGUUAUGAUCUAUUUGCACGGGAAUUCAUUCGAUCGCACGGCUGGACAUCGCAUUGAUUUGUACAAUGUGCUGUCGACGAUGGAAUUCCACGUGAUUGCACUCGAUUAUAGAGGAUAUGGUGAUUCAACGGGCUUUCCAACAGAAAUAGGUGUUGUACAGGAUGCGAAACAAAUUUAUCGCUACGUGAAACGACUGGCGGGUGAUAAUGAAAUUCUCAUCUGGGGACACUCAAUGGGAACGGGAGUAGCAUCUGCGGCCGUAAUGGAGUUAAGCGAAACAGGAGGUGCACCAUUUGGACUGAUACUUGAAUCGCCAUUCAAUAAUCUGCACGAUGUGAUCAUAUCACAUCCGUUCGCAGCUCCAUUCAGAUGGUUGCCAUGGUUCGACGAUAUUGUCGUACACCCUCUCGAAAAUUCUGGUCUCAACAUGAGUUCUGAUCUCCGUAUCACAAGAGUCUCAUGCCCAAUCCUCAUAAUGCAUGCCGAAGACGAUCACGUGAUCCCGUCGAAACUUGGUCGGCGUUUACGUGACGCAGCCGUAGUGGCACGUCGAGACGUGACCUACGUGGAAUUCGAAGCGAGUCGUCAGUACAGGCAUAAAUACAUUUACGCGGCUCCAGAAUUACCGUCAAUUAUCACGUAA